GCUUAUAAAAGCUUCUCUUCUUCUCUGUUCCUUUCAUAUUUCACUACCUAACUCUUCCCCAACAAGCUCAUUCGCCCUCUCUCUCUCUCUCUCUUUCUUAACAAAGCAAGAACUGAACCAAACCAAACCGCAACAUCUUCUCUCACAAUGACUCUCGGCAGCGUUCCGUUGGCUACUACGGAUCUUAAAAUUGUGGAUGGAGGUAGAAAAAAUUCGACAAUGAUAUGUGCCCCGGUAAUGGCGGAAACAGUUGAUCAGAUGCUUGUUCAAAUGGGAAAGGCAAAAAAAUUAGGUGCUGACCUCGUUGAGGUUCGCAUUGAUUUUUUGAAGAAUUUUAGUCCUAGAAGUGAUCUCAGUAUCUUGAUCAAACAAGCUCCUUUGCCUACUCUUAUCACUUACAGACCAAAAUGGGAAGGCGGUGAGUAUGAUGGCAACGAAAGCCAACGACAAGAUGCACUGCGUUUGGCCAUGGAAUUGGGAGCAGACUUCAUUGAUAUUGAGCUCAAGGUAGCUCAAGAGUUCUACAAUGCCAUAGGGAAGAGGCCUGAAAAAGUCAAAAUCAUUGUUUCAUCCCACAAUUAUGAAAAUACUCCAACAGUUGAGGAGAUUGGCAAUCUUGUAGCUAUAAUACAGGCUACAGGAGCUGACAUCGUGAAGGUUGCAACAACAGCUUUAGAGAUCACAGACAAUGCAAGAAUCUUUCAAGUUUUAGUUCACUCUCAAGUCCCAACAAUAGCAAUUGCUAUGGCUGAAAGGGGUUUGAUGUCACGGAUACUUUCUGCCAAGUAUGGGGGAUUUCUCACUUUCGGUUCAAUAGAGGCAGGAAAGUUUUCUGCCCCUGGGCAACCAACUAUUAUGGACUUGCUGGAUUUAUACAAUUUCAGACAGAUAGCUGCUGAUACAAAAGUACAUGGAGUUAUCGGAAAACCUAUUGGCCAUAGCAAAAGUCCUCAUCUUUACAACGCUGCAUUUCGGGCCCUCGGAUUUAAUGGAAUAUAUCUACCAUUGUUGGUUGAUAGUGUUGCUAAUUUUAUCAACACUUACUCAACCCCCGACUUUGUUGGAUACAGUUAUACAAUUCCUCACAAAGAGGAUGGACUUAGGUGCUGUGAUGAGAUCGAUCCCAUUGCCAAGGAAAUAGGAGCCAUUAGUUGUAUGAUCAGAAGACCAACUGAUGGGAAGUUGAUGGGUUACAAUGUUGACUACCUUGGAGCUAUUGCAGCUAUUGAAGAGGCAUUACGAGCAUCAAAUGGUGCCCCUGCAUCUGGUUCCCCAUUAGCUGGUAAAUUAUUUGUAGUCAUGGGAGCUGGCGGUGCUGGGAAGGCACUUGCUUAUGGAGGAUAUGAGAAGGGAGCAAGAGUUGUAGUUGCCAAUCGUACAUAUGCGAAAGCCAAAGAACUUGCCGGUAAAGUUGGAGGACAAGCUAUCACUUUUGAUGAAUUGAAAGAUUUCCAUCCAGAAGAAGGAAUGAUUCUUGCGAAUACAACAUCGGUAGGAAUGAAACCAAGGAUUGAGGACAGUCCCUUGCCAAAGGAAGCUCUCAAACACUACUCAUUGGUCUUCGAUGCCAUUUACACACCAAAAUGGACCAGACUCCUACAAGAAGCAAAAGAGUGUGGAGCUAUUGUUGUUUUUGGAACAGAAAUGUUCAUCAAUCAAGCAUUUGUACAGGUUGAAAGGUUCACCGGAUUACCAGCACCAAAACAACUGAUGAGGGAUGUGCUAGCAAGAAAUACAUAAGUCAGAAUUUUUCUGGUGAAUCUCCUCAGCUGCUGAAUCUUUGUUUCUACACUGCAGCAAAUUCAUCCAAGGUCCGAAUUUCGCAAUCAGCUGUUGUGUAUUAAAUGUCCAUUUUCUCUGAAUCUUAAAGUUUGUCAAGCUUAUGUUAGGGUGGUAAAAUGUUGUUAUAGUUAGAUCAAUACCAUGGCAAUUGUUUUGUAGUAUUCCCAUAUUCUGGAACGAAGUUCAUAUUGUUUAAGUUCA